CGCGCAUGCGCAGUGGAUGUAAACAAAGCAGCAUGGCUGCAUGUGGGUUUGGUGAUGUGAACUCUGGCGUUAAUGUUUAAAAUACUGAAACGUUUCUUGUACUGGCAGCCAUGACAGCGCGCGAUAAUCAAUACUGAUUGAUUAUUUAAAUUUCCCCGUUCAGAGGAAAAUGUUUUGUUUGUGGAAAAUCAGGAAUCAUGACGGAGAAACAAACGGACGCCGUGAGGAAAUGUUUAGCAGAGUUUUCUCAGGAGGCUCAUGAUCUCUACCUGAACCAGUCAGUGCCUUACCUGGACGAGCCUCCCGCCCCUCUGGACUUCUACCGCGACUGGAUUGGUCCAAACAAGCCCUGCAUCAUCCGCAACGCCUUCAGUCACUGGCCGGCUCUGUCCAGAUGGACGCCGGAUUACCUCAGAGAGAUGGUGGGGUCAAAGGUCAUCAGCGUGGCCGUGACGCCGAACGGUUACGCCGACGCUGUCAGCGGGGAUCGCUUUGUCAUGCCGGAGGAGCGUCGCAUGACCUUCUCAUCCCUGCUGGAUGUGAUGGAGGGGAAGGUGCAGAAGCAGGGUGUGUUCUACGUGCAGAAGCAGAGCUCCAACCUGCUGCAGGAGCUGCCGGAGCUGGCGGCCGACGUGGAGGAACACGUUCCCUGGAUGAGCGAGGCGCUCGGGAAGCUUCCAGAUGCGGUGAAUUUCUGGCUGGGCGAGGCGAGCGCCGUCACCUCCAUGCAUAAGGAUCACUAUGAGAAUCUUUACUGUGUGAUUUCUGGAGAGAAACGUUUCAUCCUGCUGCCGCCAACAGACCGCCCUCACAUCCCCUAUGGUCUGUACCAGCCUGCUGUCUACAGUCAGAGGGCUGAUGGAGACUUUGAGGUUGUGGAUCAGCUCGGCUCUGACAAGGUCCCCUGGAUCCCCCUGGACCCUCUGGAUCCGGAUCUGGCCCGGUUCCCCGCCUACAGCUCGGCUCGGCCGCUGUGCUGCAGCGUGAAGGCCGGAGAGAUGCUCUUCCUGCCGUCGCUCUGGUUCCACCACGUCCGGCAGUCCCACGGCUGCAUCGCAGUGAAUUUCUGGUACGACAUGGAGUACGACAUCAAAUACAACUACUUCCAGCUGCUGGAGUCUCUGUCCGGCUUCACAGCGACACCACAGGAAGUGACAUCACAGGAAGUGACAUCACAGGAAGUGACAUCACAGGACGCUCCGCCCUCAUCUUAGCUUGGCAUGAAUUCAUGAACAUUGAAGUUAAAGCAGUCUAAGAAAAAAACAGGAAACACUGUGAUGCAGGUUUGCCUGUCAGCUGACGGCAAAUCGUCAUGACAGUGGAGUUGUACAUUUCCCAGCAGCCACCAGGUGAGGGCAGGUGCAGGCGACUGACAGGACGCCAUGAUGUGACGUCUCAGAGGUUCACCAAGCAGUUUGGUUCAGGUUAGUUUAAGGCAAAUCUGAACUUUGUGAGAGCGUUUGUUAGUUGCUCCAGAACACUGUAUGUGUGUUUCUACACUUUUAGCACAUAAAUAAACACAAACCCAUUGGAUUACACCAGAAUAUAAAAUAACAAGUCCUGUUUUUUGAGGGAAAUUAAACGGAAAUUAACUUCUCUUGUUAGUUUCCUGUUUAAAUUGGAAAGUAGAUCCGGCAGGUAGCCUCUGCAGGAAACUUCCUCACUGUAAUCUUGCGCCAGGAAGACUCAACCUGAUAGUAGGACUGGGUGAUAUGGAAAAAAAUCAUCAACACCAAUUACCUCAAUCAAUAUUGUGAGAUUUACUGAAUAAUCAUUAGUGAUGUGGAUAUGAUGACCAAGCAGGUAGACAAAAAAAAAAAUAAUAAAACAGCUACAACAGUCUAAUAAGUUCAGAAAAUUGCAUGUCUUAAUGUACUGCAGAC